GGUUUUGGAGGUCGGUUUGCGACUUGAGCUCGCGUUUUGCGGGACACUUGAUCAAUGGCGGUGCCUACGAUUGACCUGGCUUCGUUCCGAGUGGCGUUGCAAGCUUUGCCGGAAGAAAGGCGACAAAGCACAACCAUCCAGGACUUUUCUGAGGAGGCUCAGAAGAUUGCCCGGGACUGGCGCAAGGCUUUUGCCGAGUAUGGCUUUUGCAAUGCCGUCGGCCAUGGAGUGCCUGAUGACGUCAUCGAGGAUGCAUACAGCGUCGCAAGGAGGUUCUUUUCGCUACCUUUGGACGAAAAGAUGCGCUGCGACACUGGCAAGGAGUACGGAGCAUCCAGCGGCUUCAAAGGAGUCGGCGGUGAGCGAGUGAGCGCUACGGCGACCAGCCUUCCAGGGGCAGAGGUGCUGGGAACGGAGAAAGCUCGACCGCCUGACAGCGUUGAAUCCAUGAUAUUCUUCGGACGAGAGGACGAUGUUAUCCCGGAUGUCGAAGGCUACAGGGAGACGAUGCUGCGCUACCGGCAGGAGUUGCGGCAACUGCUGCUGACGGUCAUGGCGCUGACUGCAGCCUCGCUGGAGUUGCCCGUGGGCUACUUCGAUGAGUUCUUUACAGAGGAGAAGCAGUGCCAGAACGAGAUGUCGAUGCGCCUGGCCUACUACCCCGCCUGUGAGACUUCUCCUGGGCAGCUGCGAUAUGGAGAGCACACGGACUACACAGGUUUUACGCUGCUGUGGCAAGAUCACAAUGUGGCUGGCCCACAGACAGCAAAAGACGGGAUCAAGCCGCCAAAGGGUGGCUUGCAGGUUCAAAUGCCGGAUGGCUCGUGGGCGGACUGCCCUCCCCCGCCUGGCGCUUUCACGAUCAAUGCAGGUGACCUGAUUCAGGCUUGGACCAAUGACGAGUUCUUGUCCAACAUGCAUCGUGUAACCAACCCUCCGCCCGAGGAAACCCACGAUCGCAUCAGCCUGGUGGUGUUCACUGGCCCCGGAAACGAUACCAUCGUGGAGCCGCUGCCCACGUGCGUCAGCAGCACAAAACCUGCCAAGUACGGCCCGAUCUCUGCUGGAGAGCAUCUGACCAGAAAGCUCCAAGCGUCCACCCGUUGAGGCUUGUACAGGAGCCAAUCCG